AUGAGGAGAGGUGGAGAUAAUUCCCAAACUCCAGUGCGCUCCACGCCAGAGAACGUCACCAUACGAAAAAAGGGUCAAUUACACAUAGAGAACCACAGUCUGGAACUUCCGAGAGCAGAGCCUGAUUCUGAAAUAUUGCAUUCUUUAUCUUCGGAAAUUAGUCUCCUAAGGCAGAAUAUGUCUGAGAUGUGGAGCAGUAUUAAGGAGCGUUUUGAUGAUCUAAGCAAUAAAUUAUCAAAUUAUGACGGACGAUUGCGUACUCUUGAAACACAGGCUUGUGAAAAUGCUGCUUUAAAAGCCACUAUUACUACCCUACAAAAUCAAUUGAGCUACCAGACACAACUUUCGCUAAGGAAAGAAGUGGAAAUAGCUGGCCUUGUUGAAAAUCGAAAUGAGUACCCUGUACACCUGACUUUAACCACAGCCUUAAAACUAGGUAUGGAUCUACAAGAGGAGGAUCUAGAUCAUGUAGCUCGAGCCGGGGCCGAGCGGCAAAGUAAAGAUAAUAAUCCGACACAGUCAGCUCCUCAUCCUCUCGUAGUGUCUUUCGUUCGCCGAUCCAAACGUGAUGAGUUCUUAGAACGUUCAAGAAGUCGUCGUCCUCUCAAAUCCAAGGAUAUAUUAGUGGAGGGUUCUGAUACGACGGUUUAUAUCAAUGAACGACUAACGUUUAAUAAUCGUCGCUUAUUUCGGGACACCAGGCUAUUUGCAAAAAAACACGGCUUCAAACACUGCUGGGUACGAAGUGGUAACAUUUUUCUUCGGAAGGGGGACUACAGAGAUGGAUACCCUGCUAUUAAAAUACAGUCCGAAAAUGAUCUCGAACGCGCACUUCCUACAACUGGUAAAAAUCAGUCCAGCUUACAGGGAGAAUCGUCGGUCAUUAUAUCUUAA